AAAGCCUGAUCUUUCUUCACAAAGCAACACUUUUAAAGUCUGCUAACCUUUAAGACGUGACUAAUCCUACUAAAUCCAACCACACCUGUCCCAUUUUAGCAUAAGCUCGCAUUAAACGAAGUUAUCAUUUUAACGUCAGAAUAGUCUCUUAAGAUAAGUACUGAAAGGUCUUUUCAGGAAAGUACAAGAAGGUCUUUUUAAAGACGUUUUUUUUUCUUAGUUCUUCUAAUCAUGUAUGUCUGUGUACUGAUAUUGUUAGUGGUGAUCACUGGCAGUGUGGCAGAAAAAGCGCCUUGCAAUACUGGGUACAAUCAAUGCGGAAUCAUGGGAAGUCUUAGCGUCAGUUAUAUAAACAACAACAUCUAUUGUUGCCCAAGUGAAUUCAGCCUACGCUGGAGGUCAGAGGUCCAGAAUGGAACAACCAGGACAGUGUGUAUUUGCGACCGACAGUUUUAUGAGUCGGACUGCAUCGAAGGUCAAGCCCAGUGCCAAGGGGCUACCAGCACCUCGUUUGAUGGGGCAGUCGUGAGGUGCUGUCAAAAUGGAGAAACGAUGAAUAGUGCCAGCGUCUUCAUAAAUGGUGCCAGAAGUGGGUACUGCAAAUGUAGACGCCAAAGUGGUAUGGGAAUUUGGGCCGUAAGAAACAGUCCAUCAUCUAGUCACGAGCAGCAGAUGCUAGAUCAACUUCAAUACUGGGGGCAAAAUGGACUCUUAACAGAAGGAAUGCAAUACCAGGCCAAUGCCGUGCAGAAGGCUUUAAAUCCUAAUGCUAGAUCAGGAGGACUCGGACAAUGGGUGACAAAUUUCCUAGAAGGAUUGGCUCAGGGACUACAAGGUCCCAAUCCAGCAUCUGGGUCAAGGUCUUCCGGAAGUGGAAGCCAGCAGGUGACUUCAGGAAACGCCACAAGCAUGGGCAACAGUAGCGUUGAUGGUGCAGCUCCUGGCUUAAUCUCCAUGUCAUCGACAUAUCAGAGGAGAAAUAACAGAAUUCAGCAACGACUACAGAACGCACAACAGCAGCUGCAACAGCAACAACGACAGAUCUAUGGAGGUGGUGGACUAUUCAGUUUAUUCAACCCAGCUUCUUGGUAUAGACAAAACCCAUCCACCUCGCUGAAUACAGUAGUCUCUAAUACUGGCAACACGGCCAGGCCUCUUUGAAGGGGGGGGGGCGGACGAUUUAUAGUAUAGAAUUCACACAAUUGUAUGUGAAUUUAUUACUUAUGUUAAUAAUAUAUACUAAUUAUUUAUAUUUCAACCUAUUUUUAGAUUAUUUCGCCCCCCCCCCUUCUAGUAUUUUGGCCGAUUUGGUAGGGUCGGGAGGGGCGAUGGCAUCAAUCCGCCCCCCCCCCCCACCAUAAACUUUCGAGUGGGGGGGGGCGGUCCUAUUUAUUUAUAGAAAUCGUAGCUUGCUAACAGAAUCAAUUAAAUAUCUAUAUGAUUAAAACUUGUUAUGGGUAUUUUAACCGGUCUUUAUAUAAUUUCGUUCACCUGUUGGCCGAUUGGAAGGGGAAGAGCGAAUACCUCCACCGCCCUUCCUAUCUAAACCCUUUGAGUGGGGGGGGGGGGCGGUGCUGCUUUUAUGGAGAAAUCAUAGUAUGUGAACAAAAUUAGUCGAAUAUCGGACAAAUCAAUACUUUUUCUUUUUGUAUUAUAGUAAGAAAUUACAAAAUUAAAAAAAUCUGUCACUAAUAUAAUUUAUAUAUGCUAUAAAGUAAAUUCUUCUAUCGAGUCGCCCAACCCCUAUUCUUUAAUGCAAAAUGCUAUCAAUAGCAGAAAUUAUAAAAAGGAGCGAGAAUUAAUAGUUUUCAUUUUACCGCCCUUGCCCUUUCCAGACAGAGUUUGUGUAAUUUGACAUGAAUUUAUCAUAACAAUUUUAAGAAAGACUUUGCUUUGGAAAAGUUAUAAUUCAAACGAAAUUUUUCAAUAUAACAGUCACGGUUGAGAUGAGUUCAAAAGCCAGAUAAUCUUUUCCUAGUCGACUUUUUCCAACCUUUACUCUAUCUCAUAUUUUUCUAGUUAAAUAAAUUUAGGACUAUAACUUAUAAUGUGCUCUAGAAUUUUAUUGAAUAUUAUUAAUAGAAUUUUUUUUUUUCGGCCGCGAUCCUCAAAACCUUAAUCUAAAUAUUUGGGGUAUCUAAUCUUUUCAAAGAACAAAUCGGUUUUAUUUGCAAUGUAUUAAGGGACUAUAAAUUCAUAUUAGAAUAUUUUUUAUCAUUAUUCAAAAGGCACUUUAUAAUAGAAUGAAUAAUGAGCUGUAGGACACGAGAAUGCGUUACUGCAGUGAAGAAUGCCAGAAAACGCUUUUAGCGUCAAGGGUGCGCCCCAAACCUCACUGAUGAAUAAUAAGCUGUAGAUGUCUGGAGAAUGCGUUUCUGCAGUGAGAAAUGCAAGAAAACGCUUUUGGCGUCGGGGCUUCGCCCCGAACACCACUAAUAAGUAAUGAGCUGUAGAUGUCAGGAGAAUGUGUUUCAACCGUGAAAAAUUCAAGAAAACGCUUUUGGCGUCGGGGCUUCGCCCCGAACCCCACUGAUUAAUAAUGAGCUGUAGAUGUCAGGAGAAGGCGUUUCAGUCGUGAAAAAUGCAAGAAAACGCUUUUGGGCGUCGGGGCUUCGCCCCGAACACCACUAAUAAGUAAUGAGCUGUAGAUGUCAGGAGAAUGCGUUUCAGCCGUGAAAAAUUCAAGAAAACGCUUUUGGCGUCGGGGCUUCGCCCCGAACCCCACUGAAAAAGUUUACGGCGCUCUCCCAAACCCCCAAGCUUGCAGGAGAAAGACUGUUUUUUUUCUGUUUUUUUCGCCGAAGAUUGAGAAACAGUCUUAUUUUAUUCUCAUAUAUCGAAUAUAUAUAUAUAUAUAUAUAUAUAUAUAUAUAUAUAUAUAUAUAUAUACUGUACGCACGUUUAUGCAUAGGGUUAGGGUUUACUGGGCGUUAGGGUUAGGGUUUGGAAAAAAAUCGCCCCCCCACUCCAAAGUUCUGGAUCCGCCAGUGCCUUAUUGGAUACAUUAUUGUCAUAAUUGUAUGAACAUAAAAAUAUCCAACAUUAUAUUGAAACGUAACAAAUAUAGUUAUAAAAGACUCAAGGUCCUUAUAAUAAAAGUGUUAAUAAAAUUACUUCGAAUGAAAUAUUGUAUGAAUAUUCAGACCUCAUUUUAAGAUUUUUGUAAAAGUUUAGAUAUUUUAUUUCUUGUUUACUAGCUUUGAACAGAGGAGUAACAAUGAAGGGGUUCGUAGCGCCAUGGUUCAUUACUAUUACAGACGCUAUUGAAAAUGUAAUCGAUCAGUGCCUUUAAUAAGAGCUACAAGGAUCCUGUAAGAAGUCUAGCUGAGAGAAAUGAUAACUAAACAUAACAUGCAACACAUGUAAAACACUUGCAACACACACGCAGCACACAUGCCACAUAUUCAAAACACAUUCAACACAGGCAACACAUACGAAACACACAUGCAACACGCAUGUAACACACACACAGCACACAUGCCACACAUGCGAAACACAUUCAACAUAUGCAACACACAUGCGACCCGCAUGUAACACACACACAGCACACAUUUAAUACACAUGCAAAACACAUGCGAAACACAUUCAACACAUUCAACACAUGACAGUUACACUAAAUACCAAUUGUUACUGAGAAGAAUCUAAGGAAACUAUGAAAGAACAGAGGAGUUUUGACGGGGACUCGAACCAAGGAUCUAUGGAUCUAUGACUCAGCAAGACCACAUAGUAGCGUCACAGUCACACAUAUUUCGCCUCAGCCUCAAAAGAGCCUUUCCGGUCUGCAAAGCUACUUGAAACGCAUUCAAAACGCGCGUAGUCACGUGGUCACAUGACCAGACUAAAGCCCACCUACAUUUCUUGAUUCGCUUUCACAAACGAUUAUAUAUUAUUACUAGACAUAUGUUACCCGCGACCCGCGGGUCUUUAUUUGCGCAUUACUUUCGAUAUAUUUACUGAGAGUGUUUUGUAAGCAAUUAAACGAAAUAAUAAUGUAAUAAGUAAAGCGAAUGUGUCAAUGUAAAAAUAGUGUGAAUAAUGCUAUCAAAUCAAAAUAGCUAAUAGGCUUAAAUCCAUUUUUUUUAAAUUAAAACAUUUGCUUUUGAAUAAUCUAGUGGAUUGGAUUUAGAUUAUGUUAAACGUAGCUAAUGAUCCUUUCACGUUAUUUCAGUUUCGCUACGAAAAUAAAAUUAGUUUUGCGAAAAUGGUUUACCCAUAGACAUAUAUAUAUAGACUGGACGACAAAGAACAAAUUAUUAUCGGAAAUAUUUGGGAAAAGAUAAGUUUGUAGAUCCACAUCACAAACCUAUAUAUAUUUGCCUAUGUCUAUGAUUAUGAAACAAAGACAAAAUAUUGGGAAUAUGGCAGUUUUGUACUUUUCAAAACUAAAGAUCAAAGGUAUAUAUUGGCUGAAAUGUUAGUCCUAGAAUUUAUAGCUCAAUUGCCGCCAUUUUUUUUUCACAUAGAUAUAGUACAUAAACAUAUUUGACUUCCCCCAAAUAAAAAUAACUUCCUACUUCCAGUCUAUAUUUAUUUAUGUCUAUGGGUUUACCCAAAGUCGAUACAUUCUUAUCUAUUAAAAACGAAAAGAGCGAUAGCUUUGUUAAAUAAAUGGGAUUAUAAAGUGAACAAUUAAACGAAAUAAUUUUUAGUACGCGAUUCAUGAAUGAAUAUAGAUCUAGGCCUAUCUCAACUCGGCUUCGCAGCUUUCGUAAACGAAUGUAGCUUUAGAAAACCAAAUUUGAAUGUUUAUUUGAUCAAAAUAUGAAAUGAAUGGACUUUAAUUAAUAUAUUUAUGUGUUAAAGUAUAAAACUAUCUGUGCGAAGAGAAGUUUUAUCAUCUUAGAGUUGGAUUAGAGUUUUAGAUCUAGGGAUGGGAUUAUAAAGUAAACAAUUAAACGAAAUAAUUUUUAGUACGCGAUUCAUGAAUGAAUAUAGAUCUAGGCCUAUCUCAACUCGGCUUCGCAGCUUUCGUAAACGAAUGUAGCUUUAGAAAACCAAAUUUGAAUGUUUAUUUGAUCAAAAUAUGAAAUGAAUGGACUUUAAUUAAUAUAUUUAUGUGUUAAAGUAUAAAACUAUCUGUGCGAAGAGAAGUUUUAUCAUCUUAGAGUUGGAUUAGAGUUUUAGAUCUAGGGAUGGGAUUAUAAAGUAAACAAUUAAGGGGGAUGCACAGUGAGAAAACAUAGAUUUAGGUCAAAAAUAUCGAUAUUUUAAAAUUAAUUGAUUUUAAUAGUUUAAAAUGUCUAGAAUACGAAUUCCCUAUCAGAAUACUAAAAAAAAUACGUUUUAUACAUCAAUUUUGUAUUUUAAAUGUAGAUAUAUAAGCAAAAUUUUGAUGUUUUGGUGAAAAAUCAACAUUUUGUAAGCUAUAGUUGAUAAGCUAAUGUACGCUCUCAUCCCUAACAGAUGGUAUCGAUACAAAGGUCUACUUUUCUAGUUCCGAUUAUGUGCAUGGUUUCUCAUUCUAUAAAUAAAUAGUACUGCAAUGAACUUUCAAAAUACGUCACUACCUCUUUUUUUCCCCUAUAUCCUCAUAUACACACCCACAAAGCCAUAUUUACGCAUGCGCACCAUCAAAGCUUCUAUAGUUACUGUAAUUACACGCAUGCGCACUGAAAAAGCUUCCGUAACUACAAAGUAUGCACGCAUGCGCACAUGACGUGAACCGGUCCUUCUUCUGUAAACUUCCAUCACAUCAACAAUCGAUUCAUUAUUGAAACUCAGAAAUGCCAACAAAAGGUUAUAUGUUUGGAAAGAAAAAACGUUACUGUAAGCCCAGAGGACGACAUGCUUCAAAGACAAAUGCACAAUUACAAAGCUCUGUUUUGGAUACAGCUGGAUCUGAAGCAGCAACAACACAGCCUGCAAGUGCAGCUGAGCGAAAAAUAUCCCUAACUGCAGUUACUAACGCUGAUAACACCAAUAAGAGGCUGCCUGAAGAUUUCAUAUACGUCAUGAUGAAUUCAAUGCAAUUGACCACAAUGGUCUCCUUGUUGUGCUGUCCACAUUGCUUUGACAACAAAUUAACUAUGUGCAUCACACAAUCAAAAGGCAUGGCUCAUUUGAUUAAAAUCAAAUGCCUAAAUUGUGAAACAUAUUUGUGGUCCGACUGGACCUCAAAAAAAAGUAAUGAUGUUCAUCUGGAUAUUAAUGUCCGCGCUGUCGCUGCAUUAAAAGAAUCUGGAAUCUCGCAUUCUAAAUUUGAUAGGUUUUGUGGACUUAUGAGUAUGCCCUGCAUGCACAGAAAUACUUAUAACAAUCUAGCUAACAUAGUCAAUACCGCUAUAAUUGAAGCUGGUGAAGAAUGUAUGAUUAGGGCAUCUGCUGUUGUGCAUGGAAGAAACAUUUCACAACCUCUAACUACAGAUGAAAGAAUAAGUUCAACAGGCUGUCCUGUUAUUACAGUUUCUUUCGAUGGGACUUGGCAUAAAAGGGGCCACUCAUCUCAUUCAGGAAUUGGCACAGUUAUUGAUUUUGAUACUGGACUCGUCAUCGACACCGAAGUCCUAUCAAAUUAUUGCCAUGUUUGUGAUUCAAACUCUGCAGAACUAAACUUUGAUGCCUCUAAGCAUAUGUGUCAAAAAAACUUCAGUGGCUCAGCAAAUGCAAUGGAGGCCGCAGCAGCAUCCAAAAUCUUUUCGCGCUCUGUGGCAUCCAGAAAACUUGUUUAUGGCACGAUGCUGUGUGAUGGCGAUAGUAAAUCGCAUUCAUCUGCCAUUACCAACUCAGGAUAUGAUGUAGAAAUCUUAAAAGAGGACUGCAUUAACCACAUCUCAAAAAGAAUGUUUAAUGCUUUGAACAAUUUAAAAAUGUCUAACAAAAAAGAACUAAAUUAUAGGCUUACAAAGCCAAAAAUUGAAAAAAUUACAAAUUACUAUUCCAAAGCUCUGCGCCAAAAUGCUCCCGACAUUCAAAAAAUGAAGCUGGCUGUUAUGGGCUCAUUUUUUCAUAUGAUGAGCUCAGACCUAGAUCAUAACCACAGGUUGUGUCCUGAUGGCGCUACAUCUUGGUGUCACUUUAAGAGAUCAGAGGCACUAAAACAGCCAUAUAAAAAACACAACCAGACCAUCACAUCAGAAAUAGGUAAACUGUUAUUUCCUAUAAUGAAAAGACUAACAGACACAGAUCUGUUAAAAAGAUGUUCUAGAAUGGGAACACAAAACGCCAAUGAAUCUUUUCAUUCCCUCAUUUGGCAAAGAUGCCCCAAAACAGAAUUCGCAACAUUAAAAACGGUAAGGGCUGCGACAUACCUUGCUGUUUUAGCCUUCAAUAAUGGACCUGUUGGCAUCAGAUCAGUUUUUGACAUAUUAGGCAUUCCCUGGACACUAAAGAACAUUUCUUCUAGUGAGAAAAAGCAAAAUGUCAAACUACAGCUUGUUAGAAAAAGAAAAUCAAUCGCAUUAGUGUCCAGGAGAAAAAACUUGAAAAAACGAAGAAUUGAGCAUGAGCACCGGGCAGAGGUUCUAGAAGGUCCAACCUAUCAAUCAGGCCAUUUUAAUGAAUAGUUUUUUGUUUUUUUUAUUAUCUAUUAUGUUGUUUUAUGUAAAUAUUCCCUUUUUUUUCAUUUUUAUGGUUACAAUAAAUAUUUUAUAUCAUUUUAAAAACUUUAAA